AUGAGUGGAAAAAGACCUUAUCCAUCCUCAAUAGCAUCAACAGCAUCGGAUGGUUUAGAUCAAUUCUCGCGAGAUGAUCAUGAUGAUAUACAACAUGACCUAUCGACUGAUGUCAAUCAAGAAACAAUCGGUCAAACAACACUUGAAAAACUUACUGUACAAGAAUUCUUACCAAGUUCGGCUCAUGAUCCAAUCUUAUCAAUAUUACGUGAACUUUUCGUGCAUUCAUUUGACCACUUUUAUAAGGAGAUUGAAGUUCAGCUUAAACUUAAAUCGAACAAGACACUUAUUGAAUGGUUACAAGAAACUUUUGAUGAAAUGAAAGAUGAAAUGCUUACUAAAAAGUGUCGAUGUUUUAUGCUGUGUUCAUCCGAUACAGUCAAGAAUUAUAAGACACAAGGUAUCGUUGGUUUUUUGACUUUAAAGGAAGAAGGAAAGGGGUCUGUGUAUAUUUCUCAAUGCGCAAUCGAAGCUGAAAAUAAACGUCGUGGUUAUGGAGCUCGUCUUCUGCUACAUUUACGUACGAUUUAUCCACCAGGUACUUCUUACUGGGGCUUGUGUCGACGAGCCAAUAUACCAGCUGUUAAGUUCUACUUGAAACAAGGCGCAAAAUUCAUUGAUAAUGAAGAGAUAGCUACUAAGUAUGGCUAUGAUCCAGCAUUAUAUACUGGUUUUCAAUUUACUGAUACUAUAGGAUACGUUCAGUCAAGUGAUUCUCAUUCAUCGACUUUACCAUCUACGUCUCCAACAACAAUGCCAACAUUUGAACCAUUAACAAAACGACGAUCAAACGUCACGUAUGUUUAUUUAGAAACAGUUCUUUUUAUUAACUUCGAAGAUCAUGUGUUUUAUCGAAUGUAG